GCGGUUCCCCAGACCUCUCGCACGCGCGGGUCCCCGUGCCCUGCCCAGGGGCGCCCCCACGCCAGCUCGAGCGCGCAACCCAACCCCCCGCCCCCGUUCUCCCCGGGGGCGCGGCCGGCCGGGUGGAUCCCACUUCCGCGCCCCCGCUCGCCCGGCAGGGAGGGGGGUAAUUACUCGGCCCGGGCCCCCCCCACGCGCGCCUUUCAUCCUCGGCCCCGCCCUCGGGGACCCAGACGCUCAUUACCGCCGCCCGCCGGGUCAUUAGCUGGGUCGGCGCGGCGGAGGCGGCAGGCCCGCCCCGGUCUCCAUGGCGACGCCCGGCGUGGGGGGGGGGCGGUGUAGGAGGCGCGGCCCACGGGGGGAGUUCGGUCUUGCGAAUGGGCCCACCUGGGGGUCUCUCCCAUCGGUCGAGCGCGUGUCCCCCCUUUCCCGUGGGGGCUGCGCCGCCGGGGCCCUUCGUGUCCGCCGGACGACGCCCGGAGGGGUUGCGGGCAGUGCGCGCCCCCAAGGGAAGCCGCGGCCCGCGGGCAGGUCGCUCGGGUGGGGGGCGCGGGGGCAGCUACGGGAAGGAGCAGGUGCGGCGCGCCCCCCACAGGAGCCCUGGAGCGUGCGGGGUCGCCCGGGGCAGGGCGGAGGGGCUCCCCAGACCCGCGGGGGCGGGCGGCGGGAAAGGCUGCUGCGUCCGCGGCGCCCCGGCCGCCGGCCCCUCCCCACCCAGGGGGCUGCGCCCGCGGAUGGCCUCGCUCCGCCUGCCUGCGUGCACGCUGACGCAGAGCUGCGACGCCAGGGCCUAGGCGACGAGCCAGGCGCUGGGGGACCAACCCACCCGCGGGGCCGGGGUGCGAGGGCGCUGGAACUUCUCCCCCUCGGUGCACCCCAGGCCCCGCAGAUUCUGCAGAGGGUCUGCCCUCUGAGGACAGUGAUCUCAGGGCCUUGGCUUGGGCCCUGGUCCCAGUAAGUAGGGUCCCCCCACUGGCGGGAUUGAGGGUCGGGGGAUCACCUGAGCAUGGCCUCGGGGUACCCCCGCAUUCUGGGGGGAGGGAAGGCGCCUCAAGCUGAGGAGAGAUUCCCCACAGGGUUGAUUCUAAUAGAAAAGAGUUUAGGGGCGGGGGUUGAAAGCAGAAGGGUUCAUUUGGCAAAGAGACUCUUGGGCCUGAGGUUCCCAAGUCCCAGGUUCAAUUCCCUGCACCACCAUAAACCAGAGCUGGGCAGUGCUCUGGUAAAAAAUAAAUAAGUGAAAAAUAGGGGGGUUGCGUGGUAGCGCAGCGUGUUAAGCGCACAGGGCUCGAAGCGCCAGGACCGGCAUAAGGAUCCCGCUUCGAGCCCCCAGGUCCUCACCUGCAGCCGGGUCGCUUCACAAGCAUCACUUCUCUCCCCUUCUCUGUAUUGCCCUCCUCUCUCGAUUUCUCUCUGUCCUAUCCAACAACAACAACGGCAAUGCCAAUAAUAAUGACAAGGGCCACACAAAUGGGGGUAAAAAGUCCUCCCGGAGCAGUAGAUUCAUAGUGCAUGUACUGAGCCCCAGUGAUAACCCUGGAGGCAAAAAAAAAAGUAAAAAAUAUAUUUAAAACAGAGUUUAGGACAUUAUUAUUAAAUUUUUAAAAAAUAUCUAUUUAUUCCCUUUUGUUGCCUUUGUUGUUUUAUUGUUGUUGUUAUUGAUGUCAUCAUUGUUAGAUAGGACAGAGAGAAAUGGGAAGAGGAGGGGAAGACAGAGAGGGGAGAGAAAGACAGACACCUGCAGACCUGCUUCACCGCCUGUGAACGACUCCCCUGCAGGUGGGGAGCCAGGGCUCGAACCGGGAUCCUUACUCCGGUCCUUGCGCUUUGUGUUCCGUGCACUUAACCCGCUGCGCUUCGCUACCUACCGCCCAACUCCCUUAUUUUAUUUUUAUUUCUGCAGAGAGAGAAAGACACAGAAACGCCAGAGCACUGCACAGCUCUGGCUUAUUGCGGUGCGGGGGAUAGAACCCGAGACUUCAGAGCCUCUGGCAUGAGAGUCUCUUUGCAUAACCAUUAUGCUCUCUACCCCCCCCUAUUAUUAAUUUUUUAUCAGUAUUUAUUUUUUGUUUGUUUUUACCAGAGCCUUGCUCAGCUCUGGCUUAUAGUUGUGUGGGGGCUGAACAUGGAUCCUCAGAGCCUCAGGCAUGAGAGUCUCUUUGCAUAAGCAUUAUGCUGUCUACUCUCCGCUCUUAUUUUUCUUUACUUAUUGGAUAUGGACAGCCAGAAACUGAGAGGAAGGGGGUGAUGGGGAGAGACACCUGCAGCCCUGCGUCACCACCUGUGAGGCUUGCUUGGUGCAGGCGGGUGCCCCCCCACCCCCCCGUAUUGUUAUUAGCUGUAUACCGAGCCCCUGCUCAGCUCUGGCUUCGGGCAGCACUGACGUUGGGCUUGAGCCUGGCACCUUUGUUGCCACAGGCCUACAGGCCUUUCUGCAUAACUGCUCAGCUACCUCGUGGGACUCACAAGACAUUUUUUUUUUUAUUCUUAUUGAUUCGUAAGAGAGAGUAAAGGAGGGAACGAGAGGGCACCGGAGCGUCACUGUGUCGUACGUGUUGCGGGGGAUCAAACACGCGACCUCAUGCGUCAGAGUCCAUCUGGGGGCUGGGGGGCGGGAGGCGCGGUGGCAGGGAGGCGGCGGGCACCCCUGGUGGCGGCGCAGGGAACAGCGCCGCAGCGGAGCCCAGGCGUGCGGAGAGGGCUCUCCCGCCCGCUUCGAGGGUGCUGGCGCAGACAGACUGGCGCCACCGUCGCCGUCGGGGUGUUAGCAGGCCGCCAUGUCAUCGGACUCCCGGGGGGCCUGAGCUUUGACACGAACGAGCAGUCCCUGGAGCAGGUCUUCUCAAGUACGGCCAGAUCAGCGAAGUCCGUGGACGGCUGGCAGAUCCGCGUGGACCAGGCAGGCAAGGCGUCUGACGGCCGCCCUAGGGGCUACUGAGGCUUCUUCCGAGGGGUUGGCAGCCGGGGCUGGACCUUCUCCAGAGGAGGCGGUGUCCGCAGCUACGGGAGAGGGCGCUUCGAGUCCCGCAUCGGGGGAUACGGCGGCUCGCGGGAUUAUGACUGCAGCUGGAGUCAGGGCAGCUAUGGAGACCGCGGCGCCGGGGGCUCCUACCGCGACAGCUACAGUGAGUGGGCGCCUCGCAGGUGGGUGCCCGGGGCCGUGACCCACCUCACACUGUCCCGCUUCUGUCCACAGAUCCGUGGUCAGCAGCCGCCGGGGAGCUCAGAGUCCUGCCAUCCUGCCGCCAAGGUUGACAGCUGGGAGGACCGCAUAAGGGGUGAGGACCUGGAGUCCACUGGAGGGACGGGACCCACGGAGGCGCCACCUUGGAGGCGGGACUGCGCGGGACAGACGCGUGCCGCAUCCGCAGGCAGGGGCUCCCCAGGCGCCAACAGUGUGGGCGGCCACGGCGGCUGUGCGGGGCCUCCAUGCUGGAGCGUGCAAGUUGCACUGGAAUAAAAGGCUGUGUGCACCCGGAAA